CGAGAAGCGCGGCUUGCGGUGGUUAUGACGUGGAUCACCGCCCUCGCUCCCUGCCUCCCGAGGAGCGCCAGUCGCGGCUGCUACUAAGCGAGCAGGAACCCUCUCAGGUGACCUGGUUAACAUCGAAGAGGAGGAGCCCUGCCUGCCAACACUGAUGACAAGUUAGCUGUGGUGGACGUGCAGAAAAAGCCGGUUUGUCGGCCAUGAGGAGACGGUGAUCGUGUGGAUGAAGAAUGGGCCGGAGCGUCCUCUCCACCGCCGUGCUCUACGGCUCCUUGGCCCUCUUCACCUCCGUCCUCCACAAUGUCUUCCUGCUCUACUACGUGGACACCUUUGUGUCCGUCUACAAGAUCGACAAGGUCUCCUUCUGGGUGGGCGAGACCGUGUUCCUGCUCUGGAACAGUUUCAAUGAUCCUCUCUUCGGGUGGCUGAGUGACCGCACCUUCCUCAGCUCUCCUCAGCCCGGCUCCCAGGUCACGUCCCCAGAGGUGGUUCUGAAGCGGCUGAAGGCGCUGUCCACCAACGGGCCUCUCCUGGCCCUCUCCUUCCUGGCCUUCUGGGUGGCGUGGGCCAGCCCGGGCCUGCAGUUCCUGCUGUGCCUGUGCCUGUACGACGGCUUCCUCACCAUGGUGGACCUCCACCACAGCGCCCUGCUGGCCGACCUGGCCGUGUCCGCCGCCGACCGCACGCGCCUCAACUUCCACUGCUCGGCCUUCAGCGCCCUGGGCUCGCUGUCCGUCUUCCUGUCCUACUCCUUCUGGGACAAGGAGGACUUCCACGCCUUCCGCCUCUUCUGCCUGGCUCUGGCCGCCUUCUCCAUCCUGGGCUUCUUCCUCGUCUCCGGGUUGCUACGGCGACGUUUUGAGAAAGAAGUCCGUCCAAGAUACGAGGAGGCUCUGGCGCUCAAAGAGCUGAGUGUGGGCAACGCCCCUUUCACCUCUCCUGAGCACCCCGUCACCAUCCAGCAGUACCUCAAGCAGCUGUCCAGACACAAGAACUUCAUGUGGUUCGUGUCCAUGAACCUCAUUCAGGUCUUUCACUGCCACUUCAACAACAACUUCUUCCCUCUUUUCCUGGAGCACCUCCUGUCAGACAACAUCUCCGCCUCCAGCGGCUCCAUCCUCCUGGGCAUCUCCUACGUGGCCCCCCACCUCAACAACCUCUACUUCCUCACCCUGUGCCAGCGCCACGGGGUCUACCAGGUCAUCCGCUGGCUUUUUCUGCUCAAACUGGGACUGAGUGUGGCCAUGCUGCUGGCGGGGGCCGACCACGUCUUCUUGCUCUGCAUCUUCAUCGCCAGUAACCGGGUGUUCACGGAGGGAACGUGCAAGCUGCUGAAGCUGGUCAUCUCCGACCUGGUGGACGAGGACUUUGUGGUCAACCGCCGGCAGCAGGCGGCGUCGGCGCUGCUUUUUGGGAUGGUGGCGCUGUUGACCAAGCCCGGGCAGACCUUGGCGCCGCUCUUCGGCACGUGGCUGCUGUGCGCCUACACAGGCUACGACAUUUUCCAAAGGGAACCCGCCGAGGACAUUCCGGGACCCCACGUGGUUCCGGGCUCAGGGACCCCGCCUCUGCGCCUGGGUUGCUUCCACAUGCUGGUGUUUGUGCCCAUCACCUGCGCCCUGCUGCAGCUGGCCGCCUGGUCUCGCUUCACGCUGCACGGGCGCAAGCUGCAGGGCAUCAAGAGCUCCAGGCAGGGCGCCCAACACGGCGGCCUGGUGGACGUCAAGGCCAUCUGACGGAGCAGGGGAGUCCAAUCUAAAACAUACGGGGGCCAUUUUCAUGUUUUCAAAACAUAACGCAGCCAUUCGGGCUAUCCUCACUUCUGGUUAACAUUAAAGGUCCCAGUCAUUAAACUGUUCAAAAUAAUAUUUUGUUAUACCUUCAACACUUAAAUAUCAACUUCAGAACUAUCUGUUGCCAAAAUGUUAUUGAUUUUUCUUCAGUUUUUUGCCCAAAACCCUCUUUUUUCCGGACGGCUUCGAAGCAAUUCUGGACCACCAUCCGCCGCCUCAGGAAGGGGAAGCAGUGCACUAUCAACACCGUGUAUGGUGAGGAUGGUGUUCUGCUGACCUCGACUGCGGAUGUUGUGGAUCGGUGGAGGGAAUACUUCGAAGACCUCCUCAAUCCCACCAACACGUCUUCCUAUGAGGAAGCAGUGCCUGGGGAGUCUGUGGUGGGCUCUCCUAUUUCUGGGGCUGAGGUUGCUGAGGUAGUUAAAAAGCUCCUCGGUGGCAAGGCCCCGGGGGUGGAUGAGAUCCGCCCAGAGUUCCUUAAGGCUCUGGAUGCUGUGGGGCUGUCUUGGUUGACAAGACUCUGCAGCAUCGCGUGGACAUCGGGGGCGGUACCUCUGGAUUAACAGACCGGGGUGGUGGUUCCUCUCUUUAAGAAGGGGAACCGGAGGGUGUGUUCUAACUAUCGUGGGAUCACACUCCUCAGCCUUCCCGGUAAGGUCUAUUCAGGUGUACUGGAGAGGAGGCUACGCCGGAUAGUCGAACCUCGGAUUCAGGAGGAACAGUGUGGUUUUGGUCCUGGUCGUGGAACUGUGGACCAGCUCUAUACUCUCGGC